GAGGGCGGGGGCCGGCGUUCAGCGGGGAGCGCUCCGGCCGCCGGUGCCGCCCGCACUCCGCGCUCCCGCCCGGCGCCGCCGCUACCCGGGACCGGCGGCCGCCGCCGCGCACAGCCCCCGCCCUCUCCCGCGCCGCGCCUUCCCGUCGUCCUGCCCCGCCAUGAAGUUGAGCAGCCGCGGCCGGGGAUGCUGCGCGGGCGGCAGUCGGGAGCGCGGGCCGCCGCCGCGGAGCCCCUUCGUGCACCAGCUGCGCUUCAGCCCCCUGCAGAAAGCCAAGAUUGCCUUCAUGACCUUGACUCUGUUUCCUAUCCGACUCUUUUUUGCUGCUUUUAUGAUGUUGCUGGCCUGGCCUUUUGCGUUCAUUGCUUCAAUGGGAUCUGAUGAGCAAGAGCUUGAAAAGCCUCUCUCCUGGUGGCGAAAGGUAGUGGAUAUUUUGCUGAAAGCAAUAAUGAGAAUGAUGUGGCUUGCUGGUGGAUUCCACUGGAUAAAUGUAAAAGGCAGACGGGCAUUGCCAGCAGAAGCAGCAAUAUUAACGGUGGCUCCCCAUUCUUCCUACUUUGAUGCCAUUCCAGUAACCAUGACCUUCGCCUCCAUUGUGAUGAAGGCAGAAAGCAAAGAUAUUCCUGUUUGGGGAACUCUGAUCAAAUAUAUCCGACCAGUAUUUGUAUCUCGGUCAGACCAGGAUUCUCGCAGGAAAACUGUUGAAGAGAUAAAGAGGCGUGCCCAGUCUGAUGGUAAAUGGCCACAGAUAAUGAUAUUCCCAGAGGGCACUUGCACAAACCGAUCCUGUCUAAUUACAUUCAAACCUGGAGCAUUUAUUCCUGGGGUUCCUGUACAGCCAGUGGUUUUACGUUAUCCAAACAAACUGGACACAAUCACAUGGACAUGGCAAGGGCCAGGAGCGUUUGAAAUUCUGUGGCUUACUUUAUGUCAAUUUCACAAUUCUGUGGAAAUUGAGUUUCUACCCGUGUAUAUUCCUUCAGAAGAAGAAAGAAAAAAUCCAGUGUUAUAUGCCAAUAACGUCAGGCGUGUAAUGGCAGAGGCGUUGGGAGUUCCAGUGACAGACUACACAUUUGAAGACUGUCAGCUGGCUUUGGCUGAGGGACAGCUGCGUCUACCUUCAGAUACGUGUCUUUUAGAAUUUGCAAAGCUUGUGAGAAGCCUUGGGCUGAAGCCAGAAACACUUGAAGAUGAUCUUGAUAAAUAUGCUGCCAGUGCCAUGAAAAUGAAGAAAAAAAAGAUUGAUCUCAAAGAAUUUUCAUCCUACUUGGAAUUUCCUGUUUCUCAGACAUUAGAAAGUAUGUUUGCACUUUUUGAUGAGAAUGAAGAUGGCAUCAUUGACAUUCGGGAAUUUGUCAUUGCUCUGUCAGUUGUCUGUAAGCCAUCCAAAACUCUGGAAACAAUUCAGCUGGCAUUUCAGCUGUACCAGUCAGAAGGCGGAACUGUAACAGAAGAGGAUUUAGCUCAUAUUUUGAAGACUGCCAUGGGUGUGUCACAAAUUGAUGUUACCCAUCUUUUUAGAGCUGUAGAUGAAGAGGAAAAAGGAAAGAUUACAUAUGAUGACUUCUACACAUUUGCUGUGUUGCACCCACACUUUGCAGAAGAAUAUCUCUAUGCUGAUCAGAUGCGAGCUGAGAGCGGCUUGGAGACUUCAUCUCUUUCUGCUCCUAAUGGUAUCUGUACUGACUUCAGCCCUGACAGCAGUGGAGAUAGAAAGAAGCCCUUGCAGAAGAAACUGAAUUAACACUACAACUGUUACCUUCCUCUCCUGGUGAGAGGGUUGUAUUUUCUUGGGAUUUUCAUAAGUCACUCCAAUUAUACAGCAAAUACCAGUUUUGUGUGUGAAAGUUCUACCUGCAUACCAUCCUUUGAAUCAUAUGUGCUAUGUUUAACAACAUGUUCCAGGUUGCUUUGGGAAAGGUGUUUUUACUUUUUUUUUCAAAAGGUCUUUGAAAGGCAAAAAUGUGAAUGUGCUUCAUUAUUAAUGUUCAUAUUUAAAAGGAAGCGGCACGACUUAUUUAUAUUCCAUUGGCUAGUUCCAUGUACCAAGUGUCGCACAAACUGUGCAUGUAUAAAGAAACUGUAGCUACUAUGGUGUAAAGUGCACUUUGGUGAUUAGUGUUUUCCCUAAUUACGGGGAUGUUUAUUUGGGGCCAAACUUUGAUGUCCAUAUCUGAAUAGUCAGUCUUGUUGAUUUUGGUGGGAAUUAUUCUCUUGAGCAAGGCAAGCAUACUUUGGCCCUUUGUUUUGGUUUCAGUGAGCAGUUUGGAAACAGUAAUACAAAAACUUGCUAAGGAUUACUUUUUUAUUUUUAUUGCUGAAUGACAAAAUUGUUUCUCUUUCCAUGGUAGAAUGAAAAGGAAAGUCUUAUUAUCCCUCACCCCAACACUUUUCUACUGUAAUCUUCCGGAUGCAAUUAAACAUGAAUUUUUCCAAACUGACAUGCCACAUACUGUCUGAAAAUACAUAAUUGAACUGUUUGUGCUUUCCUCUCAUAACCAAUUCAGAUCAUGACCACACAGCAUUUUAUAGGAGAUGUGUACAGAGCUCUGUUUGAUUGAGAUUUAUCAGGAGUCACAGGUUUCUUUUGUAGCAAGCCUGUAUGGAUAACAUAGCAUGGAAUAUGUCAUGGAAACUUUGGUGUAUCAGCAGAAGUUGGAAAAGGUUGCAGUCACUUCAGAGACCAAGCCAGCAGCAAGUUGCAGAACAUCCUGAAGAAGUGCUAGUUAAAUCUCUAUAGCAACAUUCCAUAUACUUCAUAGAACAUAUAUGAAGCUUAGAAUAGUUUAGAACUGUUUAAAAAAACCACCACACUUGUAUUUAGUAAUACAUAUGUUUCCUUUUGUAAAGCCAGAUGCCUUAACUGCUACUGGAGGUCUCAGAGAAAAAUCUAGAGUAUUAUAAAACCACAGAACUUCAUUGAUUGGGAAAUGUGACAGAAGCCUCAAGGAGUAGGAGGGAGGACUCUGUCACAAAAUAACUGUGAUGGUGACUCUGUCAUAAAAUAACUGUGAUGGCAACUCUGCUUCCAAACAAAGAAAUCUUCUAAGUAAUUUCUGACUAGUUUUGUAGGGUUUUGUGCAUGGAAAGCUAUUGAGAUUUGAGUCUUCCACAAAGGAAUUUAAAACUAGAUUUGAAAAGGAAGAAUUUUAGCAAAGGAUGUCUGUUUGUACCAAAUGCUUUUAUAACUAUUUUUUUUAAAUAAUAGGAGGUGCUUUAAAGCUUAUUAGGGUAUUGGAAUGUGUCCUUAGAAAUCCUGAACUGUAUGUGGCAGGUCUCCAAACUGGAACUGGCUUUAAUAAAGAGGGUAGGAGGAAAAAAAUGUAAGAAAAUAUGCUUUAUGGGGCGUAUGUGGAGGUAAUAAUUAAAUUUUUGAUUUAUCUAGGUAACAAAAGCCAAGCUCAUGGGGCGGCAGCAGACUGGCUGGCAAGAUUUGAAUUAAAGCUGAUCAUGACAAAUAGGAGAAAUUGAUUGAAAAAAUAAGACAUAUGAGAAACUACACUUAAGUAGGAAUAGUCAGCUGCACAGAGGAGGGAGUGAAUAUUACUGUGCUAUAUCUGGAGGCAGGGAUGGCACAGAAUAUGUCAAACUGAGCACUGUUAACUCUUCGCUGCAGAAAAGGUGCUCUUGAUGGUGGAGUGCAUGAGUAUGUGGCCUGUGAGAAGCAGGGUGGAUUUCUUCAUUACCAAGAUGUGAUAAGGUCUUACCUGAGGUACCUGUUCAUAUUGGGGCAUCUGAGAGAGAUGGGGUAUAAAUUAAUCGAGUCUGAAGGACAGAAAGUACUCAAAAAGAGAUCAAAAGUAUCCUUUAAUCCAAAGAAGAGGACACUGAAGGAAGAUGUGAACAGUCUUUAAAUACGGGAAAAGUUGCUACAGAGGAAAUAGGAACACUCUUCUCCACAAGGAUGAUAGGUGCUAGCUAUUAAUUGAAAAGGCAAAUUAAGCAUUAGGAAAAGUCUCUUACAAUAUGCCUUAUUAAGCUAAGGAGGAGGGUUAUUUCAGUUGGGGUGAACAGCCUGCCUUCCUUCAGUGGAGGAAGGAGGUUUUUGAAAACUGGAGUUUUUGAAAAUAGAGAAGCUCCAAUAGAGACACUUGAUUUUGCUGAUCAUGCCCCAAGGUUACAGGAAGAUGUCCCUGAGGUCUGUUUUCUGUAAUUAUGCAGGAUGUAAGGGAAGGCAGGUGUAGUCUGGACAUAUUGUAUCUCUACAGCACAUGGCUCAAGCUGGCUGAGAUAGUUAUCUUUUGCUUUGUAUGUGAGCUUGGGAAUGUGAGAAUUUCAGAAUGCAGGGAAUGAGAGAGUUCCUCAACAUGUGUCUGGAAAGAAGAGGUAAGCUUAGAAUCCCAUGGACAGCUCUGAAGUGAGAGACACUCCAGAGGAGAUACAUUGACCACAUCUGUGAAAAAGCAAAGAAAGCUGAGUGAAGCUGGCUAAAUACAAGUAUGUCGAAUUUGCAUGUAUGGUGUGAGUAACUUGAGGGUCUGUUUUAUGAAAGCCCAUAGGUUCAUUGACUUCUUUUUUUUUUUUUUUUUUUUUUAAUUUCUGUUUUAUAAUUGUGGUGAGUGUAAUGACUGUACUUGUGUGCACCUAAGCUUUACAGAGUGCAUUGGAGGGCGCUGCAGCCUGUAGUAGAUGGGCCCUUAAACAGGCUCCACAAAGAGGCACUGAAAGUCCCGUGCCCCAGUGAGCUCAGCCCAGAGCUGCUGCUGGAGACCAACACAAGGCACAAGCAAGUACUCUUGGUGGAUUAAAACUCAUUUAAAAAUUGGUUGAUUAAAUCAUUUAAAAAAAAAAAAAAGGCAUAAGACAAAACAACAGAUUCUGGAAGGAAAUGUGAUUCUCCCUCUUCUGAGAAAUUACUGAAUGAGAUAAAGACAUAAUAGGAGGAAUGAUAGGGUGAAGGAUCAGCCUGCAUGGAAACACUUUUAGAUCACACAUUGUAUCACAAAAGUUGAGAUUAAUCCAUAUAAUUCCAUUAAUUUUAGCAUUUGUAGUAUAUAAUAUUAGACUGCCUUGUAGUGAGAGAGUAGCCACAUUACCACAGUUCAGAAGCCUGAACUCAGGCUCUUGAGGGCAGAGGCCUGUAGCACAUCACAUGACUGCAGCCAUACUCUCCUUACAACUCAUCCAUCAAACCCCAGUUGCAGAAGUGUUUCAGUAGUUCCUGAUGAGAAGCCUUUUUAGAGGCAUCUGACUGUAGAGCAGCUCGAUUGCAACAGUUAAGUUUCAGUGACCUGAUGCAAAGUCAGAGAAGAAGUGAAAACUUCCUUUCCCUUUCACCAAAUGUUGAUGUGUAAAUGCUUUCUAUUAAAAUAUUACUGAUUUUAUAGGCAGAUCGGUAUAUUUUAACAGGUACUAUCAACACCCCCUAAAUUUACAAGGGGACACAAGCAGACUUAGCAACUGUUUAACUUAAAUGAUCCUUACACGAAAAAUGCAGGGUUGUGAAGGCAUUUAACAUUUCUGAUGAGCAUUUUUGUACUCUUAUGUAACACUGCCAUCCCUUGCCAGUAGAGUUCUUGCAUCAACCUGAAUUUUUACAUAUUGUAUGAUACCCAGCCAAUGCACUGGGUAUCUCUUCUCAUAGCCUGAACAAGUAUUUAAAGUUACCCAGAAAACCACAAAAUCCAAAAUAUCUGAAGUUUUUGGGGGGUUGUUUGGUUUUUUGUUGUUCAAUUUGCAUUUUUUCAAACAUAAUGAAAUCCCACUAAAACCAAAUGUUUUGUAGGUGCAAAUGAUGUUUAAACCACUGUCUCUAGCACGGUAUGGCAAGUGUUGUUACAGAUUUUUUGGGGAGUCUGUUGCUGUAACAGAUAAAUUUAAAACACUUCAUAGGAAAUUUAUAAGCCUGAUGGAGAAGCUAGGCUGUACACUUCGUUUUAUAUUAAUUAAUUACACUAUAUAUUUUAGAUGCAUUUAUUGUAGCUAGAAUGAUCUAGGUGAGAUAAAUAGCAACCAGACGUGUGUGUGUGUUUGCUAAUCCCAUUUUCGAGGUGUAAAUCCUUAGGUCACAGGGGUUGAAAAGGACACGUGUGCAGUGGGGAAGUGAUGCAACCUCUUUAGUGACACAGCUGCCAGAAGUAAAUAGCUACGUGUCACACAGAGCUCUUUAUUAAUAUCUUCAUGCAAGCUGAAUAACUUUGUUAGCUAGUUUAGGCAUUGGGGUGGUUGGAGUAUUUUUGUCUUCACAAAAUGCAGUAAACAUUUUCCUGUAGAAUUCAUUGUUGCCCUUCAACAUCUGCUAAAUUUAUAAAGCAGGUGUGGUUUUAUAUAUUUAUGAGUUCCCUGAUAAGUUCAUCUUUGGUAUUGCCAGUAAAUUAUUCUUCCUACUUCCUACUUUUAAUUAUUCUUCUUUUACUUUUACCAUGUGGUAACUAUAGCUUCUCAUAUUAACUGUUUUAGUCACCUUCUGCUCUCUGCUCCUUCAAAAAUAGCAUCCUCAUUAAAGGACAAAUUAAAAAAAAAACAAAAAAAAAACCAAAAAAAAAAAAAACCUAACAAAAUAAACCCACCUGCCCUGACUUACAAAAUACUAGCUGCAGAACUCUAGUAGCAUGUGCUGUAGAUCCUGUGUAAGCACAGCUUUGCAUAUGUUAUGGGCCUAAACUAGGCUAGAGAGAAAACAAAAUUCUGGUUUAAAGUUCUCACCAAUUAAGUUCAAUUUUUCUUUAGGUCAGAGUGUGGGUCAUAAUACUUUCUGAAAUGUUGCAUUUUACCUAAUGUGAACCCUAUGUUUUUUUCUCUAGCAGAGCUUUCGUGAGUGCUCUAGAAAUAGGAAAUGACAAAUACACUGGCCAAGAGUUCUACAUUAGCAAAAUUCAAAUUUGGCUCCUAAAGCCGUAUUGAGGCACAGAAGCUCCCUGUGAACCAGGCACUUCAAAUAGUUUGCUACUUUUCAGAUAUCUGAACUUCAGCUGAUUAGGAAGACUUAAAUUAACAAAUUAUUCUAAAUAAAUCACUACCAAAAAAACCUGGAAGAAUACAAAAUGGAAAUAAGAAUUGUCAUCAGCCCCAUUGAUAAUUAGUUAUUAAUUAAUUUAAUUAUUAAUUGAUCAGUCUAGCAAAACUGCAAGAUCUGUUUCACAUAUGAGCAGGAAGGCUGACAUGGUCAUUCAGGUAAUUUUGCUAUCCUGACUAGGUAGAAUUUAAGAAUUUAAGGUAAAGACCACUCAGAAGGUGAUUUCUUGAAGGUACUGCAACAUCCCAGUAAUGUCUUGGUCACUGACAGUGGAGAUUUCAUCUUCUCACCCUGCCUUUUUUUAAUUUGAAUUAUGGAGAAAAGUAUUCAAACCAUGACAGGAACCCUGUAGGAUCUUAUUACAGGUAAAAGCCCUCCAGCACCACCUCAGAGAUACAAAGGUGAUAGUUCUGUGGAAUAGUUAUGGUGGUGAACUGGAUAUGACAGUGCUGGUCACCAGCAUCUUGUGGUCAAACCAUGUGCAAAUGAUAAUACUGAGUUAAAACUGCUGAGAGAACACAGCAGCAAACAGGGCAUCCUUUAGAUGUGUUUGGACUUGGGUCUGUGAGUAUUUCCUGUGUCUCAUAGUGCUUAAGUUGAGACAGUUUCUUUCUCUGGGAAACAUUUCAGGUUUCUUUCAAGAUACUAACUACUUUGACUUCUUCAAGUGGAAGAGUGCUUUGUUUUGUAGAAAGCAGCUUCUUUUUCCCCAGAUGGUGUGAUGUGCUUUAUCAUGUGUAAUGUGAUUAAACUGAAAUGGGUGAUACCAAGAGAGCAGAGGAUAUAAGAGGCUUAUAAAAUAGAAGGUUUAUGUUUCUGUGAGAUAUGCUGACACAUUUCUGCACAGUAGUUGACACUGCCUAGAUUGUCUUGCAAGUCCAUUAUGCAAAAUCAUUUUACUAGUUGCGUGGUCCAGUGGCUGUUUAUUCCUUAGCAGGGUGGCAGAGCAGAAUACUCCUGUGCAGACCAACUUUGGGUAUAGAUGUAUUUGCAGUUUUAAAAUGAUCAGUGUCUGGGAAAAGAAAUGGUAGGAUCACCUUAGCACUGAUUGCACCUCAGUAAGUUAUUUCUGUUACGUAACUUAGCUCCUUGGAGUAUUUUUUUAUUAGCACAGUUAUCAUGCUUUAUUCUGAGCUAAGUUGAACAGAGCCAUAUGAACAUCAGAGCUCACUUGAGAUAGCUUGGGGAUUUCAAAAAAGGUGCUGUAUGAUAAUCUGUUGGUAGAGUGUUACAUUUCAGUUUUUUCACUUUGACCAAAAAUGUCAGAAGCAAGAGAAAAAAGUCAUGACUUCUGUAAUACUCUAUUUUUAUACUGUCAAUGGGGUGUUUUAUUGAAGAGUGCCAGUUCUGAGCCAAAGUCAGCUGAAGAAAAAUCAGGCUGAACUUCUGAUUCCGAACCAGCAAGUAGAAAAUCCCAUCCAUGCCCAGCAUGGCAGCAAAGCCUUUACUCUGCAGCUGGCCUUUUCCCACAGUAAAGAAGGAUCUUUUCUGCCUCUUGGGCUGGUGAAUUCCGUUUACUGUAUCCCUAGUUCUUGCUUGUGCUGUCUGUUCUUUGUAGGUUUGUUGCAGCCAGAGGGAGACCCUGCCGCCUCUUUAGCUGAAGUGACAUUCAUGAACUUUUCUCCCUGAGCAGGCAGCAGCAGGUUUCACCUAUUCGAGUCCCAUUCUGAUAAUGCUACCCAAAACUAAACUAUUUUAGCUUGUGCCUGCCAUUAGGUGCAGAACUGCUUUUUCUUUUCAUACACUUCAGCCAUUGCAGGUGUGUCCAGGUGACAGCAGGUCUGGAGGAGCUUAUGAGAUUGUCCUUCUUCCUGUGAGCAACACAAAAUUAAAUUUAGAAGUAUUAGAAGUUUACAGUGAAACCUUAAAUUGGAUUGACUCCUGACUCUCUCUAUAUAUAUCACUUUCUGUGUGAGCCUGUUCACUUCCAUGUUCCAAGUGCAGGAUCUAUAAAUGUGAUUGCAAACAGUCUCCUCAUGGAUACCGAAGAAAGCUGAUGCUCAAGACACUUUUCAUCCUACCAUGGUACUGGAAAUGAAAUUCAUCUGACAAUAGGUUGUUUCUAAGUCUAUGAAUGUAUAUGGGGAAAUCCCAAAUACAUGUCUUUUAUUCACUAUCCAGCAUGAAGACAAUUUUGUAUUUUAAAUGCUAAAGAAAUAAACUUUGAAAGAUCUUU